AUGGCCAGGGUGGAAACAAUCGUGUUUCUGUCGCUCAUUCUCGAUCUCUUUGCUUUCACCAUCCCAUUGCCACUAUUUCCGCGACUAAUUGAAUGGUACACACUACGAGAAAGCUCGGAGCCUAACGGACUUUUGUCACGGACAUUGCGAACCGUCUCGUCGAUACGGAGCCUGUUCUACAGCUCUGGUGUUCACUCACAGAAAUGGGACGUGGUUCUGCUGGGCGGUCUGAUGGGUUCCGUCUUUUCAACACUCCAGUUCUUUGUAUCGCCAAAGAUUGGAUCGCUCUCCGACAAGUAUGGGCGUAAACGAAUACUGCUUUUAACGAUGAUUGGGAACAUACUAUCGGCACUAGUAUGGAUCCAAUCAACGUCUUUUGCAUCUUACAUGCUAUCAAGGGUUAUUGGGGGUUUAAGCGAAGGGAAUGUUCAGCUAGCCAUUGCCAUUCUAUCGGACGUAACGACUCCGGCUAACCGUUCCAAGGCUCUUGCUCAUGUUGGCAUCGCCUUUGCCAUAUGCUUUUGCAUUGGCCCUCCCAUUGGAGCGUACUUUGCAUCGCGACCCAUUCCUUCAUCUAUGAACACAUGGGGAAUGGAAUACAACAUAUACGCCGCACCCGCGCUCUUGACCCUGGUUUUACUAGUCGCUGAAACCGCUUUCCUGGCCUAUGCACUCCCUGAGACUCGCGGUAAAGCCCCCAAAGCAGAUGAAGUGACUAACGGCUCGGCGAACGGCAAGGCUAGUGCGACGAAUGGUUUCGCUAAACCUCCAGUGAAAAAGGCUACUGUGUCCGAGCGGCUCCGUCUCCUGAAAACACUUCGCCACUUCCAUUUCUUGUUCUUGAGCAUAUUCUCAGGCGUAGAGUUCACGCUAACUUUCCUAACGUUCGAUCUGUUCGACUGGAAUAACAAGCAGAAUGGUGCCCUCAUUGGGUCUAUUGGUAUCAUGAGCGCCUUUCUCCAAGGAGGCUAUGUACGCCGCGCAACGGCCAAGAUUGGCGAGGGCGUGAUGGCACGCCGAGGUGUUUCCUCCUGCACUCUCGGCCUCGCCCUACUCGCCCUGGUCCCCAUAUACGCAAACAGCAACCUCGUGCUAGCCACACGUUUCCUCCAAGGGGCAGCAGUCUGCAUGGCGUUUACCAGUGCGACAGUAGUAAACUCCUUGACUGCGUUUGCGUCAUUGCAAUGUGACGAAGGUGGCUUCGAUUCUGUAACAGGCAAACCCGUGGAAGAACAUCCGAGUCUAGCUAAAGGGAAGGCCUUGGGGCAGUUCCGUUCAUCCGGCCAGCUUGGACGCGCCAUGGGGCCAAUCAUAGCUUGCGCAGCGUACUGGACUUUCGGUCCAGCAUACACGUACACAGUAUCCGCAGUAGCCAUGUUUGCACUGUCCGCUGGUAUGAAGCGAAUCGCGGUAAAAAAACCAAGGAAGCCUUGA